CAAAAAAAACCUUUAUUUUGUUUUACAAAAAAAAGAGUUCGUAAAACAUUUAUAAACGAGAAGAGAGAGCCGAAGAAGCUUCUUUCUCUGUGGAAAGCCCUAAAUUCUCUGAGAGAUCGAUCAAAUCGGAUAGCAAGCAGGCAAUAAUGGCGAAUAGUAAUCUUCCUCGAAGGAUCAUCAAGGAAACUCAACGUCUUCUUAGUGAACCCGCUCCGGGGAUAAGUGCGUCUCCGUCAGAGGAAAAUAUGCGCUACUUCAAUGUUAUGAUUCUUGGUCCUACCCAGUCUCCUUAUGAAGGUGGAGUUUUUAAGUUGGAGCUCUUUUUACCUGAAGAAUAUCCCAUGGCAGCUCCCAAGGUUAGGUUUCUCACCAAGAUUUACCAUCCUAACAUUGACAAGCUUGGAAGAAUCUGCCUUGACAUACUGAAAGACAAGUGGAGUCCUGCGCUGCAAAUAAGAACUGUGCUCUUGAGUAUUCAAGCUCUUCUAAGUGCACCAAACCCAGAUGAUCCCCUGUCUGAGAACAUAGCUAAGCAUUGGAAGAGUGAUGAAGCAGAAGCUGUGGAGACAGCUAAGGAGUGGACUCGUCUAUAUGCAAGUGGCGCUUGAUACGGAGUGCAAAAGGAGAAAGUUCGUUGUCAUUUUAAAUAACAAUAUAUAUGGUGGAUCCUUCUUUCUAAAACAGGAAAGAAAAAGAUUUGUACUAUAUGAAUCUGUAUAACUAGGGGGGUCUAAGACUCGUUUAUCCACAUUUGCAAACUAACUUUCUUCGAAUGUGUUUGUGCAUGCUUGAACUUUGUCUGUGUUGAAUAUCCUCUAUAAUCAUUUAAUCGUUGUGAAUGAAGGUAAAUGUGAUAAUUGAUUGAAGUAGAAAAAAUGUUGCUAUU